AGCCCGUGCAGUAUCCUGGAGGUCUUAGAUUUAGUUCCCUUGUAGUCUCCUUGUCUUGUGUCGGACAACAGGUAAUCGCUGCAGGCUCCUGGUUAGCAAUCCCUGUAAGCCACGAGUUCUGAAAAGUCCUUACCCUCUGCUAAUACCCGCUCUACAUGUAGUCUAGAAAACAGCCAGAGGCUUAGGUAUUUCCCUCUUCUCCGAAUGUGACAUUUCUCUCAAAUGUGUGGGUCACCCUUGCUUUCUUGAGACGGGAAUUCAUCCCUCGCAUCUGGCUGUGAUAACGUCUCAGAGGAACAAGCUGCUAUUGUCUAACUCUUUUGUGUAUUCAGCGUUGUGGAACUGGGAUGGUCUGAUGGAGGCAGCGUAGCUGCUUUGGAUCUGGACUAGUUGAUAGUAUGUUUUCUUGGUUCAGCCAAAAUGAAGUGGGGAGCCAUAUAAGGCAGUAGGAAGUAGUUUCUUGCAUGCAGGAACUGACCCAAAUGGAACUGUGAUGGCAUGAAUAUUGAAACUGGUUUAACUGGAGUGAGCUGAUCCCUCUGCGGUUAUGGGGGAGGACCUUAGGCUUGCAGACAGAAAACUCACAGUUCGUCCUGGAAGGCAUGCCAUUCCGCAUAUUUGGAGGUUCAAUGCACUAUUUCCGAGUCCCCAGGGAAUACUGGGAAGACCGCAUGCUUAAGAUGAAAGCAUGUGGCUUAAACACCCUCACGACGUAUGUGCCAUGGAACCUUCAUGAACAAGAAAGAGGGAAGUUUGACUUCAGUCGAAACCUGGAUCUAGAGGCCUUCCUUUCACUGGCAGCUAAAAAUGGACUGUGGGUGAUUCUGCGUCCUGGACCUUAUAUCUGCUCUGAAUGGGACCUUGGUGGUCUGCCCAGUUGGCUACUGCAAGACCCAGAGAUGCAACUGAGGACAACGUACAAGGGCUUCACAGAAGCUGUGGAUGCCUAUUUUGAUCAUUUAAUGCGUAUUGUCAUCCCUCUUCAGUACAAGAAAGGAGGUCCCAUCAUUGCAGUGCAGGUGGAGAAUGAAUAUGGUUCCUACGCCAAAGACCCAAACUACAUGACCUAUGUUAAAAUGGCCCUGUUAAACAGAGGGAUUGUGGAGCUGUUAAUGACCUCAGACAACAAGAACGGGCUGUCAUUUGGCUUAGUGGAAGGAGCACUGGCCACUGUUAACUUUCAGAAACUGGAACCCGGGCUACUGAAAUAUCUGGACACAGUACAGAGAGAUCAGCCGAAGAUGGUGAUGGAGUAUUGGACAGGAUGGUUUGAUAACUGGGGAGGCCCUCACUAUGUCUUUGAUGCAGACGAAAUGGUGAAUACUGUAGCAAGCAUCCUCAAAUUAGGAGCAUCCAUCAAUCUCUACAUGUUUCACGGAGGCACCAACUUUGGCUUCAUGAACGGUGCUUUGGAGGCUGAUGAAUACAAGUCAGAUGUCACCAGUUAUGAUUACGAUGCUGUGCUGACAGAGGCUGGAGACUAUACAUCCAAAUUUUUCAAGCUCCGACAACUCUUCAGCAUGAUCAUUGGCCAGCCUCUUCCUCUCCCUCCCAUGAUUGAAAGCAAGGCAUCAUAUGGUGCAAUCCUGUUGCAUCAAUAUAUCUCUCUCUGGGAUGUGUUACCGUCUCUUUUACAGCCCAUUAAGUCAGAGUUUCCUAUUAACAUGGAGAAUCUGCACCUAAAUGAUAGCAGUGGGCAGUCGUAUGGAUAUGUGCUCUACGAGACUGUCAUCUUUGGUGGUGGACAUCUGCAUUCAAGGGACCAUGUCCGUGACCGAGCACAGGUGUUUGUUAACACCAUGUAUGUUGGUGAGCUGGACUACAACACAGUGGAGCUCUCCCUUCCUGAUGGACAGGGAUUCAGGCAGCUAAGACUCUUGGUAGAGAACCGCGGUCGCGUCAAUUAUGGCCUGGCAUUGAAUGACCAGAGGAAAGGCUUAAUUGGUGACGUCUUCUUGAAUAAAACCCCCUUGAGGAACUUCAAGAUUUACAGUUUGGAGAUGAAACCUGGCUUCAUGAAAAGCUUGCGACAUAUUGCUGGAUGGAGUGCGGUCCCAGAUUACUUUGUCGGUCCAGCUUUUUUUCGCGGAAGGCUGUGGAUAGAGCAUCAGCCACAGGACACUUUCUUGAAGCUACAGGGCUGGGAAAAAGGAGUUGUGUUUGUCAAUGGUCAGAACCUGGGCCGCUACUGGAAAAUUGGACCUCAGGAAACACUCUAUCUUCCUGGCCCCUGGUUAUGGAAAGGGAGCAAUGAGAUUGUAAUUUUUGAAGAACGCACUGCAGGACGGAUAAUACAAUCUGUCGACAUACCUUACUUAGGAAGGACCCAGUAUGUGGACUGAUGAGAGCUUCUUUCCCAUGUUUGGUUCAUCUUGAAUAUUCCUGGUUGCAUGUCUGGGGACAUGAUGGCCCAGGCACUUGGGCAUGUUAAUUUCCACUAGACCCAGGUAAAGGAUUUGCUCUUUGGCAGUAAGUUCAGAAGAGAGAAUGGGCCCUGAAGGAACCAGAGUCCAUUGUUUCAUAGAUGGAUGCAGAAGCUCACCUCCCUGCACUACUGAGGACCCACAGCUUGGAUGGCUGCGCAUCAUGUUAUGGACCACCUGGUGAAUGUGGGGGAGUAAAAAGGUGCUGGAGGCAGGAGAGGGGGGGAGAGAGAGAGAG